AUGACGGUUUCCCGCGGAUGGUCUGUUGGCACCCUUGGUCACCUCGUCGAAGCACCACCCUCGGGCUUCAGUCCACUGCGAGAUAUUGACUUAUUUCUCGAUCGAAAAAAUGAGCGAUUGGGUUCUGGAUUUCUCUGCGCGGUCGACGUUCUCAGGGAUCUCUUAGAGAAGGAAGGGGCACUUAACGGCGAUCUUCGUCGUCACGACUUUCACCACCAACUAUUUGGAAUCGUUCAAUAUAACUUAGCCAACUACCUCGGUAGGUCGAAGUAUAUAGAUGGGCUAGACAGUAUGCCCCCAUCUCGUUUCCUCGCCACUAAUACCAACGGUCUCUGGGAAUACUCACCCUUCCUUUGCGGUGUCGGCCUUGCGGAGGGACUCAUAGAAGCAUAUAGCACCAGCAUCACUAUCCUUGACAAGCUCCCCGAGCCCAUUCUACUCGUCCAUCUGCAUAACAUGCUCGUGCAGAAAGGCUACAUCACCACUCCCAUCUCGUUAUUCAAGGCACUUACGGAGACGUUCCCAGGUGCUUUUUUCGCCAACAACGAAGCCCCGACAUCGAAAUUUGCCAGUACAUUCCAAACGAGGGUCAAUAGCGAACCGCCACCGCCUGGUCAUAAAGCUCAACGCACUGUCGGAGAUCUCAAGAAACUGGACCUGAACCGCUUUGUAAAGAGGAAAUCAUAUCUGUUAGCGUGUGAUGCGGCAGGAUGGAAUCCCGAUCGAAUGCCGGAUAACGAGGUACGCGUGCCGUACGCCCUAGGGGCGUAUCGCAUUAACCGCACAGGAUGUAUGAUCGAUCCGAUUACGGGAGAGAAACGGAUGAAAGAGACAGAGCUCGUUAAACAUGCAAGGUCUGCAGGCGUCUCUGAGGAGAUGUUGACCACAUGGGCCACAUCUGCGUUUAAAAAAAUUGAAAAAUAUAAUAGACUCCCUAAACCUUUCGCGGGCGAAAGCGUCCGGGAGGGCUACUCGCCAAUGCUCUUUCCCGGGCAACCCAACGAACCGACGCUGCAAUGCAUAGAUAUGCUCUCCCUAUGUCUAGGACAGUUCCAUAAAUUCGAGGACGCACUGAAAAAGCUACGGAACCCUCUAUACGUGCAUGCCUAUGAAAUCGACCCGAGAUGGCGGCAGCAGAAGCGAGUUGGCCUUGGGUUUCUCGCCCUCGAGCAACGAAACGAGGAAUGCCUACGCGUCAUGGCGGAAGAAAUGCAGAACCCGAGAGUUGGAACCGCGAUCUAUUGGGACGGCUUGGAUGAUCACGAGAAGACUUUGGAACGCGGUAAGAGAAGAUGGGAGAAGAGGAGAGACAAGCCAGACUCGCAUCUCUGUGCGGUAAUGUGA